GUUGCUUUCGUUGCCGUUUAAGACGUAAAACGGCUGAAGUCUAUUCCUGAACCUGCGCAUCUGAUUGGCUGCUGGCGUUUGACGUCAAGGUCUGGGCGUGAGCUUCAUGGACAUCAACAAAAGAGAGAAAAGGAGAAAGGAGAGAGGAGACGAGAAGGAGUAACGAUAAACGGUGGGACACAACAGAUAUGUGGAUUUAAUCUACACUAACAGUAAUAAUACUGUACUGAAACACAAGACCACUUGCUCCAGUGCCAGCUGAGACAUGGACGCCUAUAAGCUGAUGAAGGAGCUGAGGCUAAACUAUGAGCAGGAGGUCCAUUACCUACCUAAGGAGACAGGACUGAGCCUCAUUGAGGCCACUUCACAGGAUGACAGCCGAAUCUCGGCUAAGUGUCGCAAUGCCAAAGUGGAGGACUUGUGGAGUCUGACCAGCUUCUUCGGUUACAGCACGCAGACCUUCGUCCUGGCUGUCAACCUGCUGGACAGAUUCCUGGCCAUGAUCAGGGUCCAGCCCAAACACCUCUCCUGCGCCAGCCUCAGCUGCCUCCACAUGGCGGCCAAAGUGACGGAGGAGGAGUGUAACUUGACGCCGGGGGACGAGCUCAUCCGCAUUGGACAGUGCAGGUUCACAGUGUCCGACCUCAACCGCAUGGAGAAGAUCGUCUCGGAGAAGCUCAACUUCAAGUCCAAAGCCAUCACUGCCUUAACAUUUCUUCACCUGUACCACCAGAUUGCACUUUCACACUGCACAGAAAGAAAGGAGACUUUAAACCUGGAGAAGCUGGAGGCGCAGCUCAAAGCCUGUCUCUGCAGAAUCUCUUUCUCCAAAGCAAAGCCGUCCGUCCUCGCCCUCUCUCUCCUGAGGCAGGAGAUUGAAGCUGUCCAGUCAGAGGACAUGUUGGAGAUAGCCUAUCACAUCCAGAGACACCUGAAGAUUGCAGACAGUGAGCUGCUGCUGUGGAGCGAGCGUGUGGCGCGGUGUCUCUUGGACUACGCGUCCCCUGAAUGCAGCAAACCCAACCACAGGAAGCUGCAGUGGAUCGUCUCGAGGCGGACCGCCCAGAACCUGCACAGCUACCGCAGCGUCCCUGAACUGCCCACCAUCCCAGAGAACUGCUGGGAUGAGAGCGAGAGCGAGGACUCCAGUGAAGACGUGAUGAGCUCAGGCGAGGAGUCCCUCAGCAGCUCUCUGGGCAGCGACGCCGAGGGUCCUUUCUUCCCUCUGCACCUCCGCCAAAAACACCGCCAACACCUCCACGCCUGAAGCCUCGCCGCCGCCGCCAUGUGCCUCUCCGUCUUAACCCUCCACUCUUGAAACUUCUUCACGUCCAUUUGAAUUGUUGCUUUGAUAAGCUCCGGUGCUGGGGGAGAAUCGCACAACUACUGGCAGCUGGACUCUUCUGGGUAGAUUUGGUAGAUGAUUUUAGUUUGUAGUCGUGUUGGUGCAUGUUCAGAUGUCACAUUCCAGGACUUUAAAGUUAGAUAAAAAUCGGCCGACUGGGUACAGAGUCAGUUUUUCAAGGAGUUGGAUACAGGAAACUCUCAGAGAUCUCAGACCUGAAGCGACUUUUCGCGUUGGCGAGAAAAAAAAAAAGCUAAAAUGUGGUGAAUAUUUAUCAGAAAGUUUUGACUGUUAUUAAUCUUAAGACUGUUUUUAGUGGAGUCAGGAGAUGGACAGAAGACAAGAGCAGCUGUGGAAUGAUUUCUGGGGUUAGAUUGAACAAUUCAAAGAGCUCAACAGAGAGAAGAUUUACACGUUUAUCUCGGGAUCAGUGUUGCACAAUUUCUGAUGAAAGAAAAUUCAGAUUGUGACUCUUUUUUAAUUUAGAGUCUCGGCCAAAUUCCACCAGAUCGGUAGCGGAUCGGAGACUGACCAAAUUUGAACAACCUCGUUUCAAAGAUAUUUAGAUCAAACCUUAGUUAUUGUGCAACCCUGAGAGAAAGAUAAAUUGAAGUCCUGAUCAUAAGUAAGACGCAGAACUUUGAGCCUCAAUUUUUGAGACAUCUGCCCUUGUGCAUGGCCGCUCUCUUCUUUUGUCACAGUUUCAUUUGCACAGUUUUCUUUUGAAACUCUCUCAAGUGUUAAACGAGCAGACUGGAGGUCGGAGUUUGUGUCUGAAGGGAAACAGAAGUGCCAGAAAAUCUCUGAUUUCAGGACAGCCCUUUAAAAGUGCCUUGCACCAAGGCAUUCGAGACAGACCCGACCUUUCCUUCAGAUUCAAACCCUGCUCACACCGCAGGGUGCUCAGAUAAAUAUUUAACGAGUGUUUGUGGACGUGUGUGUGUGUGUAUGUAUGACCCUGGUUUAAAAAGUCGAAGUUGCCAACUUUAGGAUGUAGCGUUGAAAACAAGUUUUUGUUAUUUGUUCGGUGAGGAUGUCGUAUGAUUAAAGAAAUGCUGAAAAAAAGUCUAAAAAAUGUCCAAAAUGUAAGAAAAUGUUAAUAUAAAAACAUGUAAAACUGUAAAUGAUGUACACAAAAAUCUGUUAAUAGUUCUUUGUAGAUAUUAUGUUAUUUAUUCUCUUUUUGUCAACUGUACUGAAACAAGAAAAUCUUAUAAAAAUAUUGUUUUUUAA